UUGACCAUAUCAAGAAGGAAUUGCAUGAUGGACGAAUUGUUGAGAUGAAUAUGUCUAUUGUUGAGGAAUUGAAGUGUCGUCAUACAUGUGACAUGACGACAGUGAUGGAAGGGCAAUUUGGUUGCAUUUAUUUUUCACGUAGACAAGUUCCAGGGUUUAAUCUGAGAGUAGCAUUAAAAGAAAUAAAAUUGGGACAACGGUCAGAAGAAUUUGGAUCUAUUACAAAUGCAAAGAUAUCUUCCCGCUUGAUGCAUUUUGCCAUUGUGCCUCUUCUAGCAUAUUUUGAAGACAAAACGCAUAAGAAAUAUUACUUCUUGUCACCAUUCUUCGACAAUGGUGACUUGUUUAAGAUGAUACAAAAGGACACUCUAAAUGUUAAAAGCCACACACUGACUUUGAAAAAGAGAGUAAAGAUAAUGCACCAAAUAGCGUCUGGUAUACACUACAUGCACACUGGCAACCCAUUCAGAGGAACAAUUCUGCACAUGGACAUUACAACAAAGAAAAUUGUUUUGGACGGGAAGUACAAUGCGCGCUUGAUUGAUUUUGGACUUGCGCGAGAACUGAAAGAAGGCGAUGAAUCAAUGUAUACGGAUGGCCCAAUAGUUGGAACGAGAGGAUAUUUUCCAACUAUAAAACACAGUCAUUUGACAAAACAACAUGAUUAUCACAACUUCGGAGUUGUACUUGCUGAAUUGGUAACCGGGCUAGAGCCAAAUCCAAAAGGCAAUGAAGAAUUGAGAAAUUGGUCCGUUAAACAAAUAGACGACGCUAAGCAGGUAUGGGUAUGGACUGCCCAUGAAGUUGCUUUCGAUGUAGCACAAAUUGCCGUAGACUGCAUACAUAGUGUACAGUAUGACUGCAAAAAUCCGAUCACUUCAGACAACGUUUUAUCAAAGCUUAAGGACAUAGUCAGAUUGCACUCCGUACCGACAUGGGAUGCGCUAGACAAUGAUCGUUGUGACAUAUGUUUAGUGAAUACCCGGGUAAACGAUGUUCCUGAUGGACACGACCUUGAUGCACCAUCAAUAUGUUCCAAUAGAAUACGUACGUGUUGCUCAUGUCUGAGAAACACGUAUAUCAACCCGAUUCAGUGUCACACGUGCGGCCAUACUAUUAAGUCCUUUAUAAAUUCUCACUGUGGAGCAGUCUUAGUAGCAGGCUUUGAUAAUGACAGAGGCGCUUCAAAUGUGUUCAAGAGUGACAUUAGAAAAUUCAAAGUGGUUAUAACAUCAAAGAUUUUUCCAGCUAUGUGUUUGGAAGAUGAAAACGUGAUCGUCGUUCCGGAGGAAGCGAACAUGCACUCAAUGGUUAAAACAAUUUACUCAGCGAUUGAUCACAUGUCUGAAAAGGAUAUCAGAACAUUGUUAUUCGUUUACUCCGGUCACAACGGGAUAUAUGGUUUGCGAGUCGGCGAGCAAGAAUAUUUCACUAUGGAUAUGCUGAGCAAGAAACUAAACGCCUGGAAGAGGAAAACGUCGUCAUUUGAGAAAUUGAUUGCUAUUUUUGACUGUUGUGAGCCGGAAGCGUUAGAGCUCAAUAAAUCAUUGAAAGUAGUUCAGCUGAAUGCGACGGGACUAGGAGAUGAAGCAUAUGCAACAAGAAACCAUGGAAGUCACUUUUUGCAGUGUAUUAUUCAAGCCUUUACAGCCAACGCAACUGGAGGUCGCUGCCAGCACCAAAAUUGUCAGUGUAUAUCAAAUGUGUACGGAGAGUUCAUUACUUUGGACAAAUUGCUGAACUGUAUUGAUGAGCAUCGACGAAAUGGUCAUUUAGGAGGAAUUAUCCCAACAGAGAACGUCCAAAAUAUCAAUAUAAAAAAUGAAAUUUUAGCAUACAACUACAAUUUGGAAGUGGUUUUGCGAUUCACCCUCGAAUGGCCAAUUAUGUUUGAAACAAACAAGGCAUUUGUUUCACCAAGCAUGUUCGACAAGUUUGAUGAGCUGAAACGUCAAUUAACCGAGGAUGUUAUCAAAGGUGCAUUUGGCAAGAAUAAUAUUAGCUCCGAAAUAAGGUCUAUGUUUGGUAGUAUUAUGCGAAUUGAAAUUGAUACUGGACCUAAGAUUAAACACACCAAAGAGAUAGACACAGUGGAAAUGUUAUUAUUAGAGUGGAGUUCUAUGCGAAAUUUACGGUGUACGUUUCGUCGUCCUUCCGACAUAGAAAGAAUGAAACCCGCAGGGCAUUUUUUACAAGACGGACAAUGUGUUAAAGCUAUACAUCAGCAAUGCAAAAUAGAGAAACCGUUUAGUGAAAUUGAUCUCGGGGAGUAUAUUAAAUGGUUACAACUGUGCGAACGACGCGACAACAGCAAACUAUUAAACGAGUACAUACACAUCAUCAUGAUUCUGCAAAGAAAACGGCUGUUAAGAAACGAACGUUUGGGGAUAUCAUUCGUCGAUUUGCCGAAGGGGUUUACCUGUGCGUACAUGGAAAUAGUCCCAGAGUCGUCACACUCGUAAAUGGUAGUUUUUGGAUAAACCAAGAAUGUUUGUAGUUAUAACCUACACACUAUUCUAUUUACGUCUUUUAUUUAAAGACGUUUCAUUAGUCGUGAUUUACGUUCAAAUAUCUUGCUAGUAAAUGUCAUGCAUUGUGUAUAUUAUGUUUUAAUUAGAUUAUUAAAUGUUAUUCACAUUUAGUUCUCGGGUAUCAUGUGCAUUUGAAAACAUGUAAAUAGUUCAUUCAAUACUUGGAUGCAGCGGGUUUCAUUCAGUUAUCCGGCAUUUAAUUCUGAAAUAAGUUUAGAUACAUACGGAUGUGUAACAAUCUGAUGUUUUAUCAUCUACUUUAUAUGCAAUUGCAUGGAAGAAAAAAACUGCCAUGAGGUACUUUAUGUUUUAUAUGUGGUUACGGUAUUAAUAAAAUGAGAAGCAAGAGUACCUAAUCAAGCCGCAGUAUCAUGUAUGUUAUUUAACAGUGUUUUGACAGCCAGCGCUCACCCGGGCAUGCGGCUACUUACUUUACUGACUGAUUGUUGUAGAUGUUAUGUCACAUUGAAUGUGUUAUAUGUUUUAUGUACUUAAAGCGAUAGCACGUUUCUUUUGAAAUAUAAAUGUAAACCAACACAGUCAUUACGAUGAUAAUUUACACUUUUCUGGUAAAUUGUGCAUUUAUUUUAGGAUAUUAUUUUAUACAUGUACAUAUUAAUACUGUAUAUACAUAAGGGUUUUUCAUUCUUUUUUACUAAGUACAGUAUCACAAUGCUUCUCUUGGUCGUUGUCAGCGCAGUCUUAAUUUAUUAAUGAUUGUGUUUGAGAAUAUUUCUGCUUAAACUUCUAAUAGUUGCAUUGUUAAGCCAUUGAUUUAAUUUCAAUGUCGUUUUGUGCGUUCAAUGUUAUUUGCCAUAUGCAUUUAAGCAAAACAUUUAUAUAAAAUAAUAAAGACUUAUUAAAGGCAUUUAUUCAUACAUUUUUGCUAUAAUUGAAGAAAAAAAACAUUAAAUAAAUU